UCACGGGAGGCAACUGCUGACUGUUUUUAGUCGUUUCUGUAGCAGCAGAAAGCGCACUAAGUAGAAGUAGUCUGAAUUCAAAAUGCUGAAGAGAAAACCAUCCAAUGUUACAGAAAAAGAGAAACAUCAAAAACCAAAGCGCAGCAGCAGUUUUGGGCAUUUUGAUCAUUUUCGGAAUAAUUCCAUUUCAAAACCAGAUGAUUCAACUGAGGUACAUGAAGGGGAACUAAUAAAUGAUAAUGGAGAACAAAACAAAACUUCAAAUAAUGGAGGAGCUCUGAGUAAAAAAAUUAGAGCUAUUUCAUGGACAAUGAAGAAGAAAGUGGGGAAAAAGUACAUCAAAGCCCUUUCUGAGGAAAAGGAUAGGGAAGAUGGAGAGGAUGCUCUGCCAUGUCGAAACAGUGAUCCUAUGAUGGGGACCCACACAGAGAAGGUCUUGCUUAAAGCCAGUGACUCCAUGGAUAGUCUCUACAGUGGGCAGAGCUCAUCAAGUGGAAUGACAAGUUGUUCAGAUGGCACAAGCAACCGAGACAGCUUUCGCCUGGAUGAUGACAGCCCCUACUCAGGACCACUCUGUGGCCGUGCCAGAGUACACACGGAUUUUACGCCAAGUCCCUAUGACACUGACUCCCUCAAAAUCAAAAAAGGAGACAUCAUAGACAUUAUCUGCAAAACACCAAUGGGGAUAUGGACGGGAAUGUUGAACAAUAAAGUGGGAAACUUCAAGUUUAUUUAUGUGGACAUCAUCUCAGAAGAGGAAGCAGCCCCUAAAAAAAUAAAGGCACACAGAAGGAGUAAAAGCGAAAAACCUAUGAGUCUUCAGGUGUUUUUAGAGAAGAUUCACCUUCAGGAAUAUACCUCAACACUUUUACUUAAUGGAUAUGAGAUCCUAGAAGAUUUAAAGGAUAUAAAAGAGAGUCAUCUCAUUGAAUUAAACAUUGCAAACCCAGAAGACAGAAUGAGGUUACUAUCAGCUGCUGAAAGUCUCCUUGAUGAAGAAAUUAUUGAAGAAGAAGAAAAUGAAUCUGUGCCCCUAUCCUUAAGCCCAGACCUAUCCUUAAAUAAGUCACAGUUAGAUAACUGCCCAAGGGACUCUGGUUGUUAUAUCUCAUCAGGAAAUUCAGAUAAUGGCAAAGAAGAUCUGGAGUCUGAAAAUCUGCCUGACAUGGUACAGAAGAUUACUAUCACAGAGUCAAGUGACUGAACGCACAUUCUCACCUGAUAUCUACACAUGCGUUCCACUUUAACUCUUCUUGUGCUUCAUGAUCAACUGGAAGAGGAAGAAAGAUAUUUGUAAAUAUAACUCAAAGUUAAAAUGUUUUCAUCUGAAUGAUUAUACAUAGAAGUUUAUAUUUCAAACUUUCCUAGUUAUUAUAAAUAAAAUGUAUAUUUAUUAUAAAUACUAUGCUAAUAUUUCACUUACCUCUAUUAGAAAAACUUUCAGUGUAAGGCUUUGAUAUGUAUGACAUUUGCUUUAUUUGGCUUACUUUACGAGUUUAAAAUGAUGAAAUCUGAUGGGGAAAAAAAGCAUUUUUUUUUGCACCUUCCAGUAUUGACUUUUUAUGUAUUAUUGAAUCAGUUUGCCCAAGAUGCAUCUUAUACUCACUUUUGUAUUUAUUAGGAAAAUGUGAGUUACUGUCGGGAGCAUUUUAUCCUGAUCCAUAGUAGUUUUAAUAAUUAUUUUUGCUUAUUUCUUUAAUACAUUAUCUCAUGUAGAAUACAGAUAAUACAUUGUCACUCUUGAUUUAGUAAAACUACUUUAAUAAUUAUGUAGUUGUUUUGUGUUCAAGUGUAAAUAUGUUUAAAAUAUGAC